UUGAUGUCGCCCCGCCCCUCACAGCGAAGGGGGAGGAGGCACCAUGGCAUGGCGGAGCGCGGUCACGGCUCUGCUGGUGUUGCAACCUCGCACUUCGAUGUUCACAAGCCGGGGACCGGCCGCCUCCUACGGUACUUCAAUAACAUCUGCCAAAAUCCAAGUGAAUGGAGUCAACCUGCAUUAUCAGCAAACAGGAGAAGGAAGCCAUGCUGUUCUUCUGCUUCCCGGAAUGCUAGGGAGUGGUCAAACGGAUUUUGGACCACAGCUUAAAUCCAUGAAUAAGCAGCUAUUCACUAUUGUUGCUUGGGAUCCACGAGGAUAUGGAAAGUCCAUCCCUCCCUCUCGAGACUUCCCUCCAGAUUUCUUUGAGAGAGAUGCAAAAGAUGCUGUGGAUCUUAUGCAGGCACUGAAAUUUAAGAAGUUCUCUUUGCUGGGAUGGAGUGAUGGUGGCAUUACAGCACUCAUUGCAGCUGCGAAGUAUCCAGCUCUUAUCCACAAGUUGGUUGUCUGGGGAGCGAACGCUAGCGUUACUCAAGAGGACGUGAGAAUUUAUAAUGGUAUCCGAGAUGUUUCAAAAUGGAGCGAAAAGGUUAAGAAACCGCUGGAAGAGCUGUAUGGGCAUAAAUACUUUGCAGAAACCUGUGAGGCUUGGGUAGAUGGAAUAUCCCGCUUUGCUGACAAAUCAGGUGGUAGUAUCUGUCAACAGUUGCUGCCUCAGAUUAAAUGUCCUACAUUAAUAAUUCAUGGUGAAAAAGACCCUUUGGUUCCACGCUUUCACGCAGACUACAUUCAUGAGCACAUCAAAGGCUCCCGGUUGCAUCUGAUGCCAGAAGGAAAGCAUAAUCUACACCUGCGUUUUGCAGAAGAGUUCAACAGAGAAGUAGAAGAAUUCUUACGGUGACCUAAACUGUAAAGUUAAAGGGCAGAAACCUCAGAUGCAGUGAAAUAUCAUGAACAUGGACUGGCUCGAGCUCUGUAACACAUGGAACUACGUGCUAUUGCUUUGCAAAACACAAAAUAUCCUGCUAUUGUGUUUUCUGUUGCCACAUUUUUGCAGUACUUAGUCACAGGCAAUCUUUGUUACUGCAGGAGCAACUUGUGCGUAUACAUUUCUGCAUGCUGUGGGAGUCGCCUGCAUAUUUUUAGGCAGCGCUGGACUGUUACAUCUUCUCACUAUUUGCAGAGCUGCAAAACAGCUGUCCCUCUCAGCAUCUCCAUGGGAUAUACAUAAGUAUUUAAGAGCUUUUUGGCUGCCAAGUUACUCUUGGAAAUCUACAAAGCAACAGCUUUAGGCAUUCUUAUUCCCUAUUUGAAGGUACCUGGACACUCUCUGACAUGCCUUCCUUCCACAUACACACAGUGGCUUCCUUAGAGCUUUAUUAUUAUUACACUCUUAAGGAUUUUGAACUUGUUAAUUCACAGAAGCUAUAACACCCAUUUCUUUGUAGAUUCCCACUGGUUUUUAGGGGUGUAACUCCAGAUUAAAAAAGAAAAAGAAAAGAGCACUUACAACGAGGCUCAUGUUUAUGUGCCUCAAAAGAUCCCUUGUCUACAGUAAUACUGAGCACUCCUGAACACACAGCAAAGAAAAUUAAACAUUAAUUACUUAAAUGUCAAUCCAGAAUCCUACAUUUUGGCAAAUAAACACUAUAAAGAAAACCAUAGCCACUAAUGGCAUUUAAAUAAGUAGACCGGUACAAUAUAGCAUUUUUAACAUAGUUUGGUUCCCACACCCCCUUCCCAAGCAAACUGAAGGUAUUUAGUAUUAUGAAUAAAAAUCCAAAUACCCCAUUCAUAGAUUUGCAGUGCCUGUGCAUGGGAACGCCCAUGUGCUGCUGUGCAGCCAAACCACUGCUUGCAGCUCAGCAGCCAGCUGAAUAAAACUCUACCUUCCCCUGUUUCCAAGGCAACAGCAGAGCCUUGGAAAUGAGCUGCACAAGGGAAGCAGUGGAAAUGUUAGCACAUUUUAAUGUGGCUGUAAUUUCCUAUUGUAGGACGGAGAAUUGCAAACACAAAUUUGGGAGCUGCUGAAGCAUACACAGUAAUAGGUUGAGCAUCUGCCUAUGGCUUUAUUCUCAUUUACAAGGAGUGAUAGCACCUAGUGCUUAGACACACGUAUCAGAAAUGAAAUGAUUUUUUGAGUCUUCCCAUUGAAAUCAAUGGACGCUGCUCUGUCCAUUAGCUUUUUCAUCUGAAUUAUACCAGACAAUAACAGUAUUACCACCUUAUAGAGUCUCUGAGAUCACUUAUGGUAUCCGGUGCUUAAUCACUAGCGAUGUGUGUUAACAAUAUUUUCCCCAACAAGAGGGUGGAUUAUUUGUGGAGAUAUUUUUUAUUCUAGUAAUAAAAUAAUAACAAAAAUCUAUUUUUACUUCAGAAUUACAGCCCACUGCAGGCACUAUAAAAAAAGCAGUUACACAGUACAGUGCUGAGCACAAUUUUAUGAAUGAGCAAAAGCAAUCUCAGUGUAGAGCCUUCUGUACUUGGGCUUUUUCCUUGGACUGAAAUUUCUGUGCUUGGCCAAGAACAAAAGAAGAGAGAGGACAAGCGUGCAAGACAACAUCACAGAACAAUAUAGGGCACUGUCAGUUCUGAAAUGAAGUGUGCUUAUUUUUCAGAAGAGAACCGUUUCCUCAUGAAGUUAAUGUUUCUUCCAUACCCCGUGGCUCCUCUUGGGAACUUGGCCUGUAACCUCUGAGUCAGGAAUUUGUUGACAUAGUCCUGAAGGACACGACAAACAGACUCUGCUCAUCUGGCUUCCAAAAGUUACCAUAACAAAUACAAUCAUUAUGAUAACACUAAAUGACUGCAGAAAGGAGAAAAUAUGUUUAUCAUCACCAGGCACAGAUUUACUGAGAAGGAAAGAGGCAAAACAAUGCAGCCUCUCAUUAUUUCCACUUGGCACACCAGAUGUGAUGGGGUAGCUGCCAGAUGGCUCCUGCCCCCACCCAGGAUGCAUCUACCUUUUAAGAUCACUCAGAAGAUGAAAUCUGUUUGCUGUCUCUAUCAGCUAAGACCUUCGAGUCAAUAUACAACCGAUUCCAGCAUCAAUAUAAAUGAAAUGCUGCUAUCAUGUUUUCCAGGGCAGCCUAUUUCCCACUCGUCAGUGGGAACAAGGAACAGACAGAGGCUUUGAUCAGCUAGUCACAGUUCCUUUUGUUCCUCAGCCUCCUUGCUCUAUCUUGAAAUCCAAUCAUUACUUGUAAUUCAAACAGACACUUGCUAACUCUAGGCUUUAUCCUGGGAAAAUUCUAAGAGAUGCCACAGUCUGUGGUGGGAUUUGAUAUAAAUUGCUUAAAAUCACCCGGGUUCUCUGCAAGAGACCAGGGUGGUGUUGCUCCAGGUGGCUCCAUCCAGUCAUGCACCUGCUCUGCUCUCCCUUGCAGAAACUGUUUUUUUUUUUUUUUUGCCUUCUCUGUAGCAGUUCUCUCUUUGACAUAUUCUUUAAUCCAAGAAAAAGCUUCUUCCCACCUCAUUUACCACAUCCUUAUGUUUUAGGAAACUGACUCAUAGAGGAGUCAGACAUGCUCCAGAGGGAAUUAAAAUCCCUAAAGCAAGGCAGUGGGUAGGACUAUCCUUUUCAGCAGCAGAAGGAUAAUGAAUGAGUCUCACCCAUGGAGCCACCCACUUCCACGAGUAGCAGUUCUCUUAAAGCCCUGGAAACCUUUAAUUCAAACUCACUCUCCCCUAUCCUCUAGUGUGGAGCUGGCAUUUUCAAAUACUACUCAUUCUAAUUAUUUAUUAACAAUAAAACUGGGAUUAUGCUGGAUGCAUAGUAGUAGAUUAA